AAUGUCUUUCUGUACAGCCAGUUUAUCCACAUUCUUCAGUUUUAGGUCUUUGUUUGGUAGUCGCUUCUGUAGCCAUGCGUUGUACACUGGACAAAGCAGCAGAGGCGAGAAACCAGCCUGGGAUAUUUCCGACAGAGUAUCACCCAACGCUGUCUGGAGUACAAAAACUAUUCCACAUUUUACCGAAGAGUGAUCCACAAUGGGAUGGCAUUUCCUCCAUUCUCUGCUAAAUGGGGUCAACAAGUAUUCCACGUCCUUGGGGAAGGUGUGGCUCUCGGUCAUUUUCAUCUUCCGUCUGCUGGUGCUGGUUGUGGCGGCCGAGACCGUGUGGGGAGAUGAGCAGAGCGACUUUCUCUGCAACACACAGCAGCCCGGUUGCAGGAACGUGUGCUACGACCGCUUCUUCCCCAUCUCCCACAUCCGGCUGUGGGUUUUCCAGCUCCUGGCUGUGACCGUCCCGUCAUGUCUCAUCGGGAUGCACGUUUCCCAACGGAGAAAAAACAAGAAAAACAUCAAAAUCUUUCAUCGGAAUGCCGAUCGGCGAAAAGUAAAGAUCGAUACCUCUCUCCUUUGGACAUACUUGGUGAGCCUCGUGUUCAAGAUGUUAUUUGAAGGCAGCUUUAUGUAUUUAUUCUACUGGAUCUAUGAAGGAUACCAGAUGGUUCGACUAGUGAAGUGUAGCGAAUAUCCGUGCCCUAAUACCGUUGACUGCUUCAUUUCCAGACCGACCGAGAAAACCAUUUUUACCGUGUUUAUGCUGGUGACCUCAGCUCUGUGCGUCGCACUGAACGUGGCAGAACUCUUAUUUCUGAUUGUUAGUUAUUGCUUCAUGCAAUGGAAGCAACAGUGGUUUUCCUCUAAAGAAAGCAAAAAAAAGGAUAGGUUAUCAGCCACCGUUACUUCCAGUGAUAACAUCACUAUGAACUUGGAUAUUGAUCAGGAGAGCCUCUAG